AUAAACCACCCUCACUUUGAUCACUUCCUCAUCUCACUCUCACUACUAUUAAUUUCUCUAUUCCUUAUUCAUUCACACACCCUUUAAUUUCUCAGUUUUAUUUCAAUCCUUUCUCUCUUUCCAAAUGGCCAGUGUUGAGGUUGCACAUCAAGUACCACCAACAACAGUGCAAGAAAAUGAAACAACACCAGAGAUAAUCAAGACAGAGGAAACAAUUCCAGAACAACCAGCCACUGAAGUUACUGUCACAGAACAACCAGAGUCCGAAGUUCCUGCUACAGAAGUACCAACAGAAGAACCAACACAAACAACAGAAACAACAGAAGAAACUCCAGCUGCUCCUGAAACACAAGAUCCACUUGUAGUUGCGACCAAAGAAGUGGUAGCAGAAGAAGCCAAGGAAGAGAACUCAGAAGCACCUAAAGAAGCAGAGGAAUCAGUUGAAAAAGUGAAGGAAGAGGCGGCAGAAGUAGAGGAGGCUAAAGCAACCAAUGAAGAUGAGUCAGCUCCACCAGCAGCAGAAGCAGUAGUAGAGGAUGAGAACAAAUCAGUUGAAUCAGUGGAAGCUCCAGCAGCAGAAGCAGUUCCAGUUGAGACUCCAGAAGCUUAAACUAAUGAAGAAGGUGUGAAUGGAACUGAUAAAGAGAGUUUAAAUUAAUGGUUCUAGUUGUUGGGAUCAGGUCUACCAUUUUGCAUGUCAAGGUUGAAAAGCUUUUCUAUUUAUUAUUUCUAUAUUUAUUUUCCUUUAUUAAGUUUAUUAUUAUAAUUAUAUAUAUGGUAAGUCUUUGGAUAUGGUUAAUUUAUAUGGAGGGUAUAACUUGGCUCCACAUCAGCAUAUAUACACAUGCCGAGUGGUGGACAUGUGAAAAUCUAUUCCAUGAGUUGUGUAUUGAAGUGAUCAGCUAUAAAGUGCUAUGCAUCUUUGGGAAGGUUACAUGAGUUUGUCAUGGUGUGUUAUUAUGUUUCUCUAGAUUUGAAUAAAUGAUAUUUACUGUACUUUAUUUUA